UGCUCCUGAAGUGCUCACGGACCAUCCAGGCUGUCUCACUCUGAAAGCAAUGCAGGAUUUGGUACCACUGUUCAAACUUCUCUGCUGCAUAGGAAUUAUGCAGCAAAUUAGUUUAAUAAUCUGUGACCCAAGUGAUGACCUCAACUGUGCUGAUCAUGAAUCUCCCUGUGCUCAGGAGUCACAGGCAGAAGAUUUGGAAAAAGGAGCCAAUGUUGCUGUCUUUGAAUCUGUUCCAAUGGAGGAGAAAGCCAAACCAGAGAAGACUGACUUAGAGAAGAAUAUGAUGUCAUUUCCAUUGUCACCUGUUGAAAUGAGUGUGCCAAUGGUAUUUCCAGAUUCACAAACACUCAUAUGUGAAUCUCAGAAACAAUCACAUAACACAGGCUCUGAAAAAAUGAAGUGCCUUGCUGAUUCUGUGAAAUCUGAUUGGACGGAAACCUCUGGAUUUGACCAAGAGAAAGCAGGUGGGAGGAAAGCAAAGAAGAUUUUCAUUUCAUCUCUCACAGUCCAACCCACAAAAAUGACUCAAUCACCUGUUUUUCCAGAGACCACAGACAAGCUUGACCCUCGAAGCAAACCUCGAACCAUGAGCAUGAGAAAUACAGAUUCAAUGGCAGACAGUACUGAGCCCUUGCCAACAUCACUGGUUUCAAGCACUACAGAGAUUAGCAUUUCAAUGAACACAAAGCCAACAGAAACAUCUAGAAGAAUCACAGCCGAUACUUUAGAUGAUGCAUCACAGACAAAAUCCAUUGAGUAUCCAGUCACUGCAGCAGCUCAAGACCUGAGCAGCACCUCAAUCGAUAAAGUAAAGUCACAGGAGGAAACUAAAGAAAUCAGAGCAACUAGUCGACCCAUGACAACAGGGCAAACGCAACCAGUGGCAAUUACUCCGCAAAUGCUUUUUCAUCAGUCUGAAAGUCCCAAGACUGCAGGAGAGAAAACUAGUGGUGCUCUGAUAAGAGGAGAAGAGCGAAAAGAGCAAGAGAUAAAAGAUUCAGACGAAACUUCACAGAUUAGACUGGAGGAUCUCAGAUAUACGAGUGAACAAAAAACACCUGUGAACAGAGAAUCAGAGUCUGAUGAUUGUUUUAUGGGGGAUAUUUCUACCUGUUCGGGACAUCUUUCCACUGCGGUAAAUACUACAGCAGAGACUAACUCCAAUCAGUUGCACAGAAACAUACUCAGACAAGGAGGACCGUUACGUAAAUCAGGCCUCAGAGGUCCAAGGGGAUAUCCAGGUAUACCUGGUUUACCAGGCCUACCGGGUGACAAAGGAGACAAAGGUUAUGCAGGAGUGAUGGGUCGAACGGGUGAGACAGGGUACAGGGGACCAAUCGGGCCUCCUGGCAUGCCUGCUAUUUUUGUCUGGUACUCAUCAGAAGAAGAAUGGCAAGCAUUUAAGAGCAAGAAGUUCUACAAAAAACUAGUGUCACUGUGGCCUAGAGUAAAGGGAUUACCAGGACCAAUGGGACCACCGGGAGAUGCUGGACCACCAGGCCCUUCUGGAGUUUCAGGCAAACAAGGGAGGAAAGGGGAGCAAGGGAAACUCGGGAGAAUAGGACCAAUUGGAAUGCCAGGACCACCAGGGAGAGCAGGACCUGAGGGCACUGCUGGGAAGGAUGGGGAAACAGGCCCACCAGGACCACCUGGGGAAGAUGGACCAAAAGGUUAUGAUGGAGAGAAAGGCAAUAAAGGGGAGCUAGGUGAGUGGGGUGAUCUUGGGGAGAAAGGACCUCAGGGAACCCAAGGAAUGAAAGGAGAGAAGGGAAAGAAAGGAGAGAAGGGUCUGGCUGGGGUAAUAGGAUAUAAUGGGCUGCCCGGACCCAGAGGACCACGGGGAUUCAUGGGGCCACCUGGUGCAUCUGGACAGAAAGGGGGUAUUGGAUUCACAGGAUCACCAGGACCACCAGGACACACAGGGCCGAGAGGGCUGAAGGGAGUUCCAGGCGUCAGCGGACCUCCUGGACUUCUAGGCGAGAUUGGGCCAAGGGGACCACCUGGCAAACCAGGAGAGGAAGGGCAUGAUGGUGUUACUGGUAUUCUGGGUGCUCUUGGACCGCAGGGAAAACCAGGAGGUGAUGGACCACCAGGUCAAAAAGGAGAGCGUGGAGAUGUAGGAAUUGAGGGAAGCAUUGGAGGUCCAGGACCACCGGGUAUAAAAGGUGCCAUUGGAAAACCAGGAAAUCUUGGACCCUCAGGUGAUCCAGGUUUAAAAGCACGUCGUGGAAUGAAAGGAGAAUCUGGCCAAAAGGGAGAUCAAGGUGCUGCAGGUCUGCCAGGUAAACAAGGCUUCAGAGGUAGAGGAGGCCAGUCCGGGGUAUUGGGAGAGACUGGUUCUAAUGGACCUGCUGGUUUACCAGGACCCACGGGCAAUGAUGGAUUUAUUGGAGAGCCUGGCAGACAGGGACAAGAUGGACCUAAGGGGGAAAGGGGUUCACCUGGUAUCCAAGGUGUCCCUGGACCACGAGGUGAUAAGGGUCGGAUUGGCCAAGGAGGAUUUUCAGGUUUUCCAGGUCCUUUGGGAGAAAUGGGAGAAUCAGGAGACCAAGGACCUGAAGGAGAGCCUGGUAUUAAGGGUAGACCAGGAGUGCCUGGAGGGACUGGAUCUAAAGGCCGAAAGGGUCUGCAGGGUGUUUCAGGCAGUCGAGGACCUGACGGCACUCAAGGUGCACAUGGAUCAACUGGACUAUUGGGAUCAAAUGGAGACAGAGGACAUCGAGGACCCCGGGGUUUACAGGGAAAGCCUGGCGCACCAGGAAUUCAAGGUCCCAUUGGAAAAAAAGGGGAAACAGGGAGCCGAGGACUUACUGGCAAACCCGGAAAACCUGGAAUCAGUGGUGUUAAAGGCAAAGAGGGUUCAGUAGGGCUUCAUGGUAAACCCGGAGAAAAGGGCAAAAUUGGCCCUGAGGGGCCAAAAGGAAAGCCUGGUCAGCCAGGUCCUCGAGGUAUAGGAGGAGGGAAAGGCUACAUGGGACCUCCAGGGCUACAGGGAAACAUAGGCCAGUGGGGUGAGACAGGUGUGCGGGGACUAGAAGGACAUCAAGGGCCACCAGGCCUGCCCGGGCCCCAUGGAGUAGCAGGGUAUCCAGGUAAAGAUGGACCUCUUGGACCCAUCGGGCCUGAAGGAGACAAAGGCAAUAAAGGACUGAGAGGAGACAGUGGAUUGAAGGGAGUUGCUGGUAUCGAUGGUGAGGAGGGCCCAGUAGGUGAAACUGGACCAGCCGGACCAGCAGGAAGUAAAGGGUUGUCUGGUGAAAAGGGUAAAGAAGGUUCUGUUGGUGAUCAUGGCCCAAAGGGAAUCCAAGGAGAGAGUGGAAAUCAAGGACUAUCUGGAGUGAAAGGACCAAAAGGAAGAGAUGGAAUGAGCGGUGCUCCAGGGCAGAAGGGAGAUCCUGGAUCCUCUGGUGAAAAAGGUCAUCCAGGUGUAAGAGGUCAAUCCGGAUUAGUAGGACAGUACGGUCCUGGUGGAAACAUGGGAGAAGGUGGAGAUAAAGGUGACAAAGGUCUACCUGGACUUGCUGGUGAGACAGGGACAACAGGGCCAAUAGGUCCAAGUGGUGUUAUAGGAUUGCCAGGUUUGACUGGAAAAGAAGGAUUUGGUGGACAAAGUGGAAAACAUGGGCCAAAAGGAGAGCCUGGACUUAAAGGGAGUUCAGGGGGCCCUGGGAAGAUCGGAUCAGUUGGUGCAAUAGGUCUAAUUGGGAAGAAAGGAGAGCCUGGAAAACAAGGCAGAGUGGGCCAUGUGGGUCAGCCAGGAGCUGUGGGUCCUCAAGGACCAAAGGGGAAACAAGGAUCCUUAGGAGCUCCAGGGAAAAAAGGAGUCAAGGGUCUACCAGGGCCAAAGGGAACAAGGGGAUUUCCAGGAAGGAGAGGAAGUAAAGGUGUUGCAGGAAAGCCAGGACCUCAAGGGCCAAAAGGGAAACACGGCAUUCGCGGUUUUCCUGGGAAGCCAGGACGCAGUGGAACAGAUGGACUGCUGGGAGUUAUAGGAACCGAAGGGGACCCAGGUGAUAUUGGAUUCAGAGGACGUCCAGGGAGACCAGGUCUGCAAGGUAGUGCUGGAGCCACAGGAAUACCAGGUUUGCAAGGGAGUCGAGGUCCUGCUGGACCAAAGGGCUCUAUUGGACUGAAAGGGAAAACAGGGCCUUCUGGACCAAUAGGACCAAAGGGUAUUCCAGGACUUCAAGGUAAAAAGGGAGAUGACGGACAGAAGGGAACAAUGGGCCAAGUUGGUAUAACAGGUUUGCAAGGGCCCAUUGGACCACCAGGAGUAAAGGGAAAUCAAGGUACUCCAGGCUACAAAGGGCGCCCUGGACCAAAAGGCAUUAAGGGUGAAUCUGGUGCUCGUGGGCGUCCUGGUGGAAAAGGACUUCCUGGUUCACCUGGUCUAUCUGGAAGGAAGGGAAUAAAAGGAGUUCAGGGAAAAUCUGGGCAAAAAGGUGUGAAAGGUCAAAGAGGACGACCUGGAAAACCAGGUAUUGUCAGCCAGGUGAAACCAGGACCUCAUACCCCCCCUCAGAGAAGAGGAUCACAAAAUAAAGCAUUAUCUAGAAUGUUGCGAUUUGAUAACUUUGAUGAUUGGAUUGAGGAAAACAGCCACUUACAAGGCACUAAAGACAACCCAGCAUCCUCAUGCAGAGAGCUGAGUCUCAUCCAGCCUCACCUCAGAGACGGACACUACUAUGUCGAUCCUAACCACGGAUGUCCUUUUGAUGCUCUCCGAGUCUUCUGUAAUUUUACUGCCGGUGGUCUAACUUGUGUGUCUCCUGUCCAAUCUAAUAUUUCAGGAGUGUGGCCAUCAUCAGUGGACAGAUCCAAAAUGUGGUUUAGUGAGCUUCACAAAGGCUUCAAGUUGAAGUACAAAGAUCUCGAUGUUGUCCAACUGCGAUUCCUUCGGUUACACAGCAACUCUGCCACACAAAGCAUCAGCUUGAAGUGUCCCAAAAAACACAGUCCCACUGUUAAUCAUUGGAAGACGAUGCUGCAUUUACGAGGAGACUCCUAUGAAGAAAUCAAUCCGCCCCAUGUCAUCAUAACCCGGCAUGGUUGUGAGGUAACUGCACAGGUGAGGGUUCAUGGGAGUUCAGAGCUCCACAGGGGAGACAUGCAGCUACUUCCUAUCAGAGAUGUUUUUGUGGAGGGCGGAGAAGAGACCUGGAAAGGACAUGCAAACAUUAUCCUGGGACAUUUGUGCUUUUUAUAGUCUCUUUCCAAAGAUAGAUGUCAUGCGUAGAGCUUCUGCGGGGAUUGCAUUGCUGCUGGAUGAUAUUAGGGGAUUUUAUUGUUUAUAUACAUAAGGAUCAGUGAAUUCCUGCAUUGUUCUAUAGGUUUAGAUUUCUGACUGACUAAGUGUGUAUGUGUGCGUGUGUGGAUAGAUAUGUGGUUUACAGAGACACAAAGUUUUAUAAGGACAUGACUUAGGCCUAAUCCCAAUUCUACCUCUUUGCCCUUUCCCUUACCCCUACCCCUCAUUUUGCGCGUUCCCGUGAAUGGG